AUGGGCUCAGACGUUGCGGAAGUCGAUCUCCGCUGCAUUGUCCGUGAGCACCUCAAUAAAGCUAAGAGUAGUCUGCCGCCAGACCAGGAACUUGGUUUCACGCUAAAUGCAAUCAACGUCCUUCUCUAUUUACUGGACGUAGUUGUCGCUGUCGCGGACUGGUGCAUGACAGAUGACGGGGAUGUGGAGAGACUCUGGAAAGAGAACCGCUUCUCUGAUGUUUCUGACGUGCUUCGCCUAACGCAAUACCAGGCGCUUCUAAGAGAGAUUCAUGACCACCUCAAGAAAUCCUCGGAAGAACUACGGACGCUAGUGCACAAGGCCGGCCUGAGGGAGGUCCGCCUUUAUGGUGAAGCAGUUGCCACUGCGUGUCCUGGGGUAUCUUCUGUCGCUGAUAAACAUUGAUGGCUGAUUGUGGGUAGAAUCCAACUGUUAGUUCGCCGAUGGUGCAAAUGGCGAUUCUGUUGAACACUUCCUGGGGAUGGUGCAGCUACGAGUCUGGUCAACUGAUGAGGGCAAGAACUAGCACCGUUGGCUCUGCGCAACGUUUGGAAUCACGAGCAAGAGAAAUUGACUCCUCCAAUGAAC